AUGGCUAGUGGAGGCUUUCGUAUACGGUUCACCCCUCAAGCUAGCGCCAAUAAUGGGGAAACUGAAUCUCCAUCAAGACGCACUACAAGAAUCCGAACUAAACCAAAGAAGUAUGGUGAUUUUUUAGAUCUAUCACCAACAAAGCAAAGGUCUUAUAAAGAAAUUCUUAGCUCAGAUGAAGAGGAGCCUGAAAAUAAUGAGGAAUCUCACUUACAAAAGCCUACAGCUCUAUUUACCGAAGAUGAUGUGGAAGGUCAAGAUAUGUUCAAGUUCAAGUCUCGUCAUACAAAGCAUGAUCUACAGAACAAGGUAUUGGCGACUAUCAGUAAUUCACCAAAACCCAUAGACUCUCCUAUGAAGACACCAAGAAAACUUCACUCGGCUACUAACAGUCCAUUAUUUAAAGUGACAGAAGCAACACCCAGACAAGUUAAAGAAAUUAUUAAAAAAAGAAUAAUACAUGAAGUGGAGUCGGAUAGUGCAGAGAGUGACUUCUCAGGCAGUAGCACCGAGUUUGUACCAGAUGGCAGUGAAAAUGAGACUGACAUGUCAAGCUCAGCAGCAUCAUCGGAUGAGGAAGAAGAACAACCAAAGAAAGCAGUUGGUAGAGUUGUGCGAGGUCAAGAUAAUAAAUCAAAAGUCAAAGACUCGGAAUAUUUUCUCACACCCGAUAGUUAUUUUAUGAUGAAUUCCAGUAAAAAGAUCACAACUUCAGAUCACACAUUGGCCAGACUUAAGAACCUAGAUCUGCACGAAAAUGAGUUAUCAGAAAUUCUGAUAUCAGCCGAACACAAGAACAGUAUUAAUGAACUCAAUCAAACGUACACCGAACUUUUUAAUAAGUGGCUUUUUGUUCUAAGCGAAAAUUUUAACAUAGUUCUAUAUGGCAUUGGCUCUAAACGUUCAGUGCUUCAACAGUUUCAAAAACAAAAACUCAAAGACUUUCCCUGCAUUGUGGUAAAUGGAUUCUUCCCUAGUUUAACAGUCAAGAGUAUUCUAGAAACAAUAGUUGUAGAUCUUCUGGAGAAUAGUAAUGUACCGUCUAAUUUGGGGGACAUCGUCAAUUUAAUUGAUACCCAGUUGACGGAAAACGGCGUGGAUUUGUUUCUAAUAAUCCAUAAUAUUGAUGGAACUAUGCUGCGGAAUGCGAAAGCUCAAUCUACGCUGGCUAGUUUAUCCCAAAUAAAGAAUGUUCAUACAAUUGCUACUAUUGACCACAUUAAUGCACCGUUAUUAUGGGAUCACACAAAACUGAGUAAAUUUAAGUUCACAUGGUGGGAUGUAACGACGUUCGUACCGUAUGUAGAAGAGACCUCCUUCGAGAACUCGUUGAUGACUCACCGCAGUGGCGCCCUCCAACUGUCCUCACUCAAGAGCGUGUUUCAGUCCCUCACGACCAAUGCUAAAGGAAUUUUCAAAGUUAUCAUUGAGCACCAGUUGGAAAAUCAGAAGCAACAUUAUCAAGGUUUACCGUUCAAAGAUUUGUAUUCAAAAUGUCGGGAACAAUUUUUGGUAAGUUCAGAUCUCGCACUCAGAGCUCAACUUACGGAGUUUUUGGAUCACAAACUUGUGAAGAUGAAAAGAUCUUACGACGGCACUGAGAAUCUCGUCAUUCCCAUCGAUAAAGUUCUCUUACAACAGUUCUUGGAACAACAAGAUAGUUGA